UAACACAUUUUCUUCUACUAGUUUAUGUCUUUUAUUUUUCAUGUUGUCACAUGUCUAUACUGGAGGAAGUGAGCAUGUGUUGGUGUUUGAAAGAGGCAAAGACACUUCUGGAAAUGAAACCGCCCUAAACUGGUAGUAUAUUAUAGACAGGCUAAGUGUAGUUAUAGUUCUGUGCACACAAGAAGGUCUGACAGAGAAUGGCUCCACUUCUGUUUCUCCUCAUUUUGUUGCCUACAAUUGACGCUUCACAGGAGAGAUUACAUCUCUUCCACACGCGUGGCGAUGAAGCUGUUCUGCCCUGUAACAUCGUAUCUUCAUCUACGAGGUGCUCCAUGGUUACGUGGAUGUUCAACCGGGCUCAGAAGGAGAACACUGUUACUCUGCACGAUGGCUUUGACAGUAUCCCGGGUCUGAGUGUGGGCAGUAACUGUUCUCUGCUCAUCACCAACGUCAGUGAUGAAGAUGCUGGUCGGUACUUCUGUGAGCUGAAGAGCAGUCGUCAUCAAAAAGCCUUACCUGUGAUUCUCACCGUCUUCACCGUCUCUUGGCUCCCAGCAGACCCAGUCGGGGGCCUGGUGAUAGAGUGCGCUCUGGAAAGACCCUUUUUGUUCAGCUCCUGUGUGGAAAAAAGGUUCCGUUGGCUGGAUAAAGGGACAGGAGCUGUGCUUUCAGGGGAAGACGUCUCGUUCAACAAUACAAGGGACAGAUGUGUCUCCUCUCUCCAUGUGGACAGGCGCCACAACAGGAGUUAUACCUGCCAGUAUGUUGAUGGGUUCAUGCAGGUGAAGAUACAGGCCGACUACACACCGGCUGCCGAAGAUUCCUCCGGCUGCUCCUGUUCCUCAGAGUCCUCAGAGUCCUCAGAUCUCUCAGGUUCCUCAGGCUGGUCUCCUCUGAGCUACGUGAUGUUGACUGUGCGUGUUGCAGGACUGAUCCUCUUGAUCACAAUCACUGCUCUUAUGAUCAGAGACAGAGGAAACUAAAAGCCGCUGGAAGACGACCAAUCUCCCUCGGACAAAGAUUUCUGCCCCCUGGUGGUUUCUGGAACAUUUGGAGCAGAUUCAGCUCUGUGUGGCUUCACUACACCAUCGUAUCUAUAAAUGUUCAUGUCAUCUCUAUACAGCCUCAACAUAUUUAAAGUGUUUAUGCAAUAAUUGAACCUGUGAAUCAAAGAAAUGUGCUGUAUAAUUUAAAUUACUUGACAAACAUGAAUAAUAACAUGGUUACUAUCACUUGACAUAUGCUGUUUUAUAAAUAAAGUUGACAUGGAUCAACGAUAAGCAGAUAAAGUGUCCAACUAGCCUUGGUGAAGGAAUGUGCACUUCUAUUUUCAGAAAUUACUCAUAAACGAUAGUGAAAGAAUGAACACAUGUUGGUGCCAAUCCUCUUUAGCUAUGUUUUUUUUAAAUGCUUUUGUUGCAGGAAUACAACAAAUAAUGUAGUGUGGUGAAAAUGAAUAAAUAAAUAAAUUCAAGGGAGAAAAUA